GAAACGGAAGUGCCCGUAACGCGGGGGUGGGAAGGCUGGAAAAAAAUGGCCGCCUCCGUCUCGGGCUAUACUUUCAGUUCUUUAGUGUACCACCAUGCCAACAGCUCUUCGGACCACGAAGGAUUUCUUUUGGGUGAUGUAAAACAGCUUGAGACUUUCAGUAUUAGUGACUCGCAUAUCAGUAACACAGAACUGCUGCAAGUUAUAGAAAUUCAUAAUCAUGAGCCUGGUUAUCAACUCUUUAGUUUUUAUGACUAUGCAGGAAGAGUUAAUGAAGAAAGUCUGGAUAGAAUUCUCAAAGGAAGGAGAAAAAAUGUUAUUGGCUGGUACAGAUUUAGAAGAAAUACACUGCAGCAGAUGUCCUACAGAGAACAUAUUAUCCAUAAGCAGCUGACAAACAUCCUCGGAGUGCCUGAUCUAGUCUUCCUUCUAUUUAGUUUCAUCUCCACAGCAAACAACUCAACGCAUGCUUUGGAAUAUGUGCUGUUUAGACCCAGUUGCCGGUAUGAUCAAAGAGUUUCACUCACUAUCCCUAAUUUGGGGAACACUAGUCAGCAAGAAUACAAGAGUUCCUCAGUGCCAAAUACAUCAUGGAAUUAUGACAAGGUUGUUACAGAACAUGGAGCUGAGUUCUUUGACAAAGAUGGUGUGAUUAAGGAUAUCAGGGCUAUUUAUCAAGUGUACAAUGCACUGCAAGAAAAGCUACAAACUGUAUGUGGAGAAGUGGAAAAGAGUGAGCAAACAGUUGAAAGUUAUCUUCUAGAAGUGGAUAAAUUGAAGAAACAAAUAAUACGGAGGAAAAGGGAGAUUAAAGAGGAAAAGAAACUUCAAGAAGCUGCACUGAAUAGAGGAUUAGCUGAAGAAGAUUCGGUAUGUGUGCCUAAUCUGAGGACCAGUCCUGAACAAGUAAUGGAAGUACAUAUGCAAGAACGUUUGGACUCUAUUCCUAUUCUGUUGCCUAAUUCUGAUGUCACUGCUAGGGGCAGUUUGCAGGGGAUGAGUGGUACUUUGGUGACUCGGUUACAAGGUGUGGGAUCUGCUAGCAAAGCUACAGCAAGCACAAGUGCUCCAAACUACAAUGAAAACCGAAUGGGGAGUCCCCACUCACAAAAAGCACAUGAAGAUAUUGUUAAUAAAGAAGAGGACAAUUAUGAAAGCUUGCACGAACCUUCAGAAACAUCUGACAGUGACUACACUGCACUGGGUGAAAUGUGUCCGAAUUCACACCCAAAUGAAGACAGAAAUCAAACAUCACAAAUAUAACAGACUCUCGUGGCACUAAUUUGUGAUGCACAUUAAUUUUGAAGGAUGUGAGGAAGGAUAGUUUUCAGCCGAGCAAUUGAAUCAAUGUGUAACAGGAAGGCUUCUGUGUGCAGAAAACUUUAAUAACCUACUUGAAUGUUUAUUGCCUUGUGCAUAGUCUGAUUUCAGAUAAAUGGGAUGUAGGAUUUUUCUGUACUCUUAGAAAGGUUCACAUGUUGCAGCCAAAAAUUGCUUCCAAAGGCACAAUACCAACUAUAGACACAAUGAUAGCACCAGAGUUUUUUUUUAAAGUGGUAUCACAGAUUUAAAUCAAUUGCUGCUGGGUCUGUAUCCAAUGAAGAGUUUGUUUUAAUUUGACAAUACCAUACUACUUGCACUAUUUUGUUUUUUGUCUUUCUUUUUUGCAGGUUCACAAAAGGGAACAUUGUCAGCGGCCUUCAAAAUUCAAAACCCCAUUAGGAGCCAAAUUAGUGCUUUUUCAAAUCUUUGUAACCUAAUUGGAACAGAGAUUGAUUAUAUAAUUGCUUUAGAAUGCACGUUGUGAGGUUAUGUGACUAGGACUGUAAUAUUUGGAGGAUUUGAAAUUUUGUAGUGUAAUGUAUCACUGCAUCUAACAUUCAGUCCUUUUUUUUAAAUGGUGAUGUAAUUUGCCAGUAUGUAAUCCAAAACAGCUUCGAUAUCUUCAAUUAUGUGCCUGACUGGUAGUAUAGCAAAAUAUGUACAUAUAUAUAUACAUAUAUAUAUAUACAUAUAUAUAUAAAGUAAUCUGCUCACUGCUCCUGUUUACUAGAAUUAUUGCUAUAUUCCUUUUGGGUGCUAUAAUUUUUCCCCCAAUUCUGUUUGCCAAAUUUUAGCUUAGAAUUUUUAAUGAGGAGAAGUUUCGGUAUGUUUUUUAAAAAGAGCCAUGGGAGUCAAUCAGAGAUAUAGGAAUAUUAUUGGGGUUAACAUAAAUCUUGGAUGGAAUUACAGGAAUUAAUAAUUUAAAGUUAAUGGCUUUUGAGUAUUCCCAAAAUGGGACUAAAAUUUAAGUCUCAUUAAAUUUAGUAAAUUUGUUUACUUUGGGUUAGUUGUCAAAUCUUUGGGUGACAAUCUUUUGUACAAACUGGGACAAAGUAUUGUGUAUAACUUGUUUUUGUUGUAAUUCACAGGGAGCUUUUAUGUUUGUUUAUGUACUCUGUCCUGUACUCAGGAAUUGUGUGUGUGUGUGUGUAUACGCAUUUUAAUGUAAAAUGAAUGUAAUACAUCCUGUCAACUUAAAAGUAAUAUUAGUGACUCCCCAAGCAGAUUUGCAGUCUGAAGGCAUCAACAAUGACUUUUUUUCAUUAGAGUUUUACCCAAUUCAAUAUGUUUCAGUGUAUUUGAAGGAAAAGCACUUUGUCCCAAAUUUUUGUUUAACCUUUUGAUUUAUUUUCAAAAACUGUACAACACCAAAUAUCCUGCAGUUUUACAGUAAGUGGUUUGAUAUGCUUAACAACUUAACAAUUCAGUUUUAUAAGAGAAAAGCAAGUAUUCUUGAAAAUAAUUUUGUAUAAUCAGAGAGAGAUCAUGUUUAGAUUGAACAAGAAUGUGAAUAUUGCUCUUGCCAUCAAAUGAUUAUGGGAGUUUGCACAAAUUCGUUAAAUUAAUUACCAUUUAUAGAAGAACUUGAUGGAUAUUAUUUAAAAUUGGGCAAUAAUAGGUCAUAAAUUAUAUAAUGUAGCUGUUAAAAAUAAAAUUAGCAGUUAAAAAAAAUUGGAAGAAAAUUGUUUCAAGCUUCAAAAAAUCAACUAUGAGAUUAAUAUAUGAUUAAAAUGCAUUGAGAUGCAGUGGUACUGAAAUAUUUCAUAUCAGAAAAAAUGGUAAAUUGCAUUAUUCCAUUUAUUCUCUACCAUUUCUUUGACAGCUAAAUAUAGGGUCUACACAAAUAUGGCUAUAAAGUUAACUGGUUAGCAACAAUGGAAGUGGUACACUGAUGUAUUUUUUUGGAGUAUUCUGAGAAGUUAAUUUUAUCUGUUAGAGAUGUAUGACUGAUUAUGAUUCAAUCUCAAGGCAUUACUUACUGCCUGUUACACCACUGGUGUUUGAGGCAGCAAUGAAGGUCCUCCAUCACUGGCAGUGUUCAGGGCUUCCUUCAUGUCAGUAGCUUCCUCUCUGUUUUCACUGCUAUCAGUCAUGAAAGUCCCAAGUGGAGACUCAGGAAUACUGUUACACUCAGAUGUAGAAGGAUUCUUCAUUGCUGUUUCUGUAGCAAUUUUGUUUUACUAGGGUUGUUAGCCCUGAGGUGAACCCCCAAACCUGGAGGGCCUCUUGUCUGUUCUCUACCUUUUGACCUCUGGUAUAGGUGGCCUGGCCAAGAGCCAAAGCCAGUCAACAUAGCUCCGGGUCACUGAGGUAUGCAAGCCUCCCAACUGUGCCGAGGUUGUGGUCCUCUUGGGAGAAUAUCUAGACAUGGAACAGUGUAAUGCUAUCAUCAUGCACAAGUGCUUCUGUCAGCACUGUAAUCCCUCAACAUUUCAAGAACCAAAAUUCACAAUUACAUUAAUUCCUGUCAGUUUUAAUUUUCAGUUUCACAAUUUUAUGUCAGAACUCACACAGACUUGAUUAAAAUCAAUGCUCUCAUUAGUUUAAACUUCCAUAUCCUCUGGCCUUAAAUUUGUUUAAUCUGUUUGUGAUUGUACCAAAUGUAUUUUUCAGCAUUUAAUAACUAGUCUGUGAAUCUAUUUAACUCAUUAGUUUUGAAAGCCAAUCUCUGUGUAGACAGUAACAAAAAUAUAAUGACUAAUGCAGACUAAUCUAGUCCUAUCAAAGCUUGAGAAAAAGAAAUUAUUUGCUAACUGUAAUUGUUGCAGUUAUGCAACACAUUCUAAUUUCUGCAUUAUUGAUAGGUUUUCUUAAAAUAAACAUAACUGCUUUUUAUUUGACUAUAUGCAGUGUCAGUGCUUUUUCAAAACUUGUAUGAAAUAUUUGGGCUAGAUUUGCAUUACUGCCUUUUGGGGGUACAUGGAAUGCAGUAUGAUUGAUACUCAGUGAAGUUUUUGGUUAAAGUUUAUUGUCUAAUCUGCAGGAAUUAUAUGCUGUUGUUUAGCCACAUUUUUCAGCGUGGCAUUGCAGAUAAUUUCUGCACAGCAAGACAAUCAUUCUUACUGACCAAAUCUUUCUCCAAAAUUUAACUCCUUACUGGUUUGAAAUUACUAGCAUUAUGCUCAAUUUAUAUCAAUUGUUUCCAUGUGGUGAGGGUUAGAAAUUGCAUACUUGCUCUACCUUUUAAUAUGUUUAAAAGAAUUCCAUUAAUUUUGACCUAGCCUAUGGUACAGAAAUACAAGAUUACUGAUGACAGUGAUGGCACUCUUAUCCUAAUGACACAACUAGAGAGAAGAUGAUUGAGUUUUGAUUACCAGUUGUGGUAUUUAGUAAAACAUGUUUAGAUUAUGAAAUAUAUUCACUGGCAGAUUUGAAAGCUGCAGUGAACAAACAUUAGCACUGUUUUGUCAGAUAAGUAUUUGGAGUUGACAAAUUAGUGCUAAAUGGAAAUGUAGGAAGUAUGAAUAUGCAAUUAUUUUUAAUGCAUAUACACAAAUACUGUAUGAAAAAUCUGUAAAAUGAGUAACAGAGGAAGUGACUUAAUAGAUGUUACCUUCCCUGUCCUUGGAAAUAAGCAGUUGAAAUAAAAAGUUUGAAAUACUGAUAUAUUCCCAUCUUGUUCUCCCCCACCUCCCAUUUUAUCUCCAUUUUCUCCCUUGCACUGUGAUUGAAUUCUCAGGUUUUGUCAUUGAAAACAGUUUCAACUGCCAGUGAUCGAAAGUUCACUCCAGUGAUUUAAAUGAUUGAAGUUGUAAAACAAUGUAAUUUUCUGUAAAUUACUUCAGCUGAAAUAAAAGUUCAUGGGUGAUGCAGCA